UCCAGAUCAAAGGCGACGCCUUUGCUGAUGAAACACAGAACCCGACUCCCCAGCCCGUUCCUCUCGGCCGCACGGAAACAGGCGCUCCGCCGCCGAUCGAGAGAUGGAAGCGUCCGUCCUCCUCGUCUCGCUAGCGAUCUUCGCUCAAUUGGUCGCUCCCUCUCUGGCGGUUCCCUCGGGGAAUGGCGAUGGUUACACGAUUAACGGCCAAGUGAAGAUUCAAGGGGCACAAAGCAUUAACCUUCUAGGAAAAAUCUCAAAUGUCAAAGUGAUCCUUAAUGGUGGCGAGAAAGUUACUUUUGUCAGACCAGAUGGUUUCUUCUCUUUCCAUGGUGUGCCUGCUGGAACGCAUCUGAUCGAAGUUGCAGCUCUAGGGUAUUUCUUCUCACCGGUACGUGUGGAUAUUAGUGCUAGGAAUCCUGGUAAGGUUCAAGCAGCUCUGACAGAAACCAGGAGGAGUUUGAACGAGCUGGUGCUUGAACCUUUAAGAGAGGAAUAUUAUUAUGAGAAAAGAGAACCCUUCUCCAUUUUAUCUCUUUUGAAAAGUCCAAUGGGACUGAUGGUGGGUUUUAUGCUGGUCGCUGUGUUCCUAUUGCCCAAACUAAUGGAGAACUUGGAUCCUGAAGAAAUGCAAAGAGCUCAGGAGCAAAUGCGAAGCCAGGGUGUUCCUUCUCUCGCAAACUUGUUGCCAAGAAACUGACUUUCUAUUGGAGGCGGUUUUUAGUGGCAGUCGGUUGCUUCAAAUUUGGGAAACUUCAGAAGAACCAGCCAGGAAGUUCAAUUUUUUGCUUUUGUUGAAUGCUCUUGAUCAGCGCAAUAUUUUUGUAUCUAGAACAGAUGCUCUUUCAGAACAUGACUAUAGGUCAAGGUACAAAUAUCAGACAUACAGAUGGCAGAGUUACGUGCUUUCAUGUGUUAUGACAUUCGAUUUCGUUCCCUUGUACUU